UAGAGCGGAAGGUGAACAAUUAUUUGCAUUGUUGCAGCAGGAGUCUUACAAUCAAUCAUGGAGAAUUUUUUAAUCGGUAGAUGAAGAACAGCGGAUCUGAUGCGAAUCCUCAUCGCCCUCCAUCGUCAUCUUCCUCUCGAGUUCUUCAACUCCAUUACAAUGCAUUUCCAUUUCCAGCACCUCCAUUGAAACAGCUCAAAUGGGUAACCCUUCAAUCUCUCUCAGAUUCACCAUGUUUCUCUCCCUCUCUCUCUCAAUCACUCCCUUCGCUCUCUCUCACAAUUAUACCAAACCAUCGCCAAUCCCCAAAGCCGCCCCCUCCGAUUUGCUCAAUCUUCUCGGUUCCAAAUCUCAAGCUUCGACUGUGAACCCUAGCGUAGCGAAGGAGAUAAGAUCCUGUUUCAAAUUCCUUGUUCCCUUCCAUCCAACUCCAUCCAUCGUGAAAUUCUCCAGUAGACGGAGCUUGAGAUCAAGCAGAUUCGAUGAUCGGAGUCGGAGAGAGGAAGAUGAGCUCGUCUGGUGGCCGCCUCAAUCGGUUCUCGAACUCGCUCGCCUUGCUGUUGAUUCUGGUGGAGACCCUGGGGCUAUCCAUCGCACUCUUGAUCCAGCUAUAAUCCCUAUACCCAACGUUCAUGGAUCAAAAAAACACAAAUGCGAACUCACAAGAACACCAUAUGGGAGACGCUUCAUAAGCGAGGAACUAAAUUCAUAUUUAAAGUUCCUGUUUGAGCUCAUUGCUGCUCGAUCCGCUGCUAUGGGAUUAAACGUUACAUUGAACCGUUUCGAUUUAUUUCACGGUCAUCUUUUUCUUUCCUUCGACAAUAACAGGCUUGGUAUUCUGUUUCAUGCUAAGGAAUUCCCAGCUUAUGAUGAGAAGGCUUUUCCAUACAACAUGGGCUAUUGUCAAAUUGGAUCUAAUGUACCCUAUGAUGCUUCAAUGAACAUGAGAAAUAUCCUCUGGCUGGCACCAAUUCCCAGCAAUUCUACCAAGGACUGGGAGGCACCAGGUGUUCUUGUGGUGCUGGAUGCUCGUCCAGAUGGAAUCAUAUACAGAGAUAUCAUACCCGACUAUGUACAUAUAGCAAGAACUAUCUAUGAAGAUGAUCUUGGGGAUGCUGUGGUUGAUGUCAACUACUUGGACACAGGCAAUGCUAUGCCAAAUUAUCAAAUAUUCAUAUGCUAAUAUCAACCUUUCAGUAUUUUCCUCAGGGAAUGGCGUGAACAACUCUACCAUUAUAGAAGUGUCAUUUUGAAUUAUGUC